GCAGCUCGGCUGGGAGACGGCGCGAGCCGGCGGCGGGGCCCCCCGCGAGUCCAGCGCCGCCGCAGCCCCCCAAUGCGGCCGCGAGAAGCAGCUGGGGGGCAGGCGAUCGAAGAUAUUCAGAUCUGUCAUUAAGUUGAGUGACUGAGGGAAGAUAGGAUCAGCGAAAAGCCAGAGGACAGACGAAUCCGGAUGAAGACUCCCAGGAUCACUUGGGCAUCUAGGACACAGUCCGAUGACAAACAUGGUCCUAGAGGAGAGAGCAGCCUCUGGAAGUGUCGCCUAGUGAUUAUGAAGACACCUUUGUCCUUUCUGGAGCGAUGCUGACCUGGACCCAUUCUGACUCAGGAGCCUUCACGUAAAUGGGUCCAGUCAUGCCUGCCAGUAAGAAGGCCGAGAGCUCAGGAAUCAGUGUGUCCAGUGGACUGAGUCAGCGUUACCGGGGCAGCGGUUUCUCCAAGGCCCUCCAGGAAGACGAUGAUCUUGACUUCCCUCUGCCCGACAUCCGAUUAGAAGAGGGGGCCAUGGAAGAUGAAGAGCUGACCAACCUGAACUGGCUGCAUGAGAGCAAGAACUUGCUGAAGAGCUUUGGGGAGUCGGUCCUUAGGAGUGUCAGUCCUGUGCAGGACCUAGACGAUGACACCCCACCAUCCCCUGCCCACUCGGACAUGCCCUAUGAUGCCAGGCAGAACCCCAACUGCAAGCCCCCCUACUCCUUUAGCUGCCUCAUAUUUAUGGCCAUCGAGGACUCUCCGACCAAGCGCCUUCCAGUGAAGGACAUCUACAACUGGAUCUUAGAACAUUUCCCGUAUUUUGCAAAUGCACCUACUGGGUGGAAGAACUCAGUGAGACACAACUUGUCAUUGAAUAAGUGUUUCAAGAAAGUGGACAAAGAGAGGAGUCAGAGUAUUGGGAAAGGGUCAUUGUGGUGCAUCGACCCAGAGUAUAGACAAAAUCUAAUUCAGGCUCUGAAAAAGACACCUUACCACCCACCUCCUACUCCUCAGGCUUAUCAAAGCACAUCAGGUCCACCCAUCUGGCCGGGCAGUACCUUCUUCAAGAGAAACGGAGCCCUCCUGCAAGAUCCUGACAUUGAUGCUGCCAGUGCCAUGAUGCUUUUGAAUUCUCCCCCUGAGAUACAAGCAGUUUCUCCAGGAGUGAUACAAAAUGGAGCGAGGGUUCUGAGUCGAGGGCUGUUUCCUGGUGUCCGGCCGUUACCAAUCACUCCCAUUGGGAUGACGGCAGCCAUAAGGAAUAGCAUCACCAGUUGCAGGAUGCGGACUGAGAGCGAGCCCCCAUGUGGCUCCCCAGUGGUCAGUGGCGAUCCGAAGGAGGACCACAACUACAGUAGUGCCAAGUCCUCCACUGCCCGGAGCACCUCUCCCACCAGCGACUCCAUCUCCUCUUCCUCCUCCUCAGCCGACGACCACUAUGAGUUUGCUACGAAGGGGAGCCAGGAGGGCAGUGAGGGAAGCUUCCAGAGCCAUGAGAGCCACAGUGAACCAGAGGAGGAGGACCGGAAACCCAGCCCGAAGGAAGGCAAGGAUGCCCUGGGGGACAGCGGAUACGCAUCCCAGCACAAGAAGCGCCAGCACUUCGCCAAGGCCAGGAAGGUCCCCAGCGACACACUGCCCCUCAAAAAGAGACGCACGGAGAAGCCGCCCGAGAGCGAUGACGAGGAGAUGAAGGAGGCGGCCGGUUCACUCCUGCACUUAGCAGGGAUUCGGUCCUGUUUGAACAACAUCACCAAUCGGACGGCCAAGGGGCAGAAAGAACAAAAGGAAACCGCAAAAAAUUGAAACAAGUCUCUGAUUUGUUUUGAACUUAUGGCCAUUUGGUUUCAGCAUGUCAGGAGAUUUCUAAUGAUUUGUGGCAAUAUCAGCAAUUUUUUUCUUUUUUCUUUUUUUUUUUUUCUUUUUUCCUUUUGUUGGUUUGGUUUUCUUUUCUUUCUUUCUUUCUUUCUUUUGUUUUUUAAUUUGCCCCCCACUCCUUUGUUUUUGGACCCUUAAAAUUUUUUCUGUUUAAAGGAGAUUGAAGCCAUAGAAACUCAUAUUGACACUCAGCCGUUUUACAAAAGCUUUUCUUUAUCUGAAUACAAAAACCGAAAGGAAAAAAAAAAAAGCCAAAAUUAACCAUUGCUUCCUGCAGCCUGUCAGAAACCUGUGGCUAAACCCACAGGGCUGUCCAUGUUAAUGCCACAGGAACAUGGAGCACCACCUAGGAGGCACACACGCACACAGAGUCAGUCGUCACUGCUCAGCCCAACCCUUAGGUUUAAGAAGUCAGUUGUGUUUGGAGUGAGGCUGGGAAGCAGUUACAGAGACUGAAGAGCCCUUGUCCCCUAGAGGAUAACCCCAUGCUCUGGCCCUGGCAUCCCAAGGUACCACAAAUGCCAUCGGCCUUGCUGUGUGGCAAGCCCAGGGCCUGGCUGCCAGUCCUCUGUGUUUCUUAGCCUUGAGCCUGGUAACAUCUCCCAGGCUGAAUACCAGACUGUUCAGGUGUAUUAGGUGUCAGUGACUGAGGAGGGAAAACAGGGAUCGUCAGAGCCAUUGAUAACCACUGAGUUCUGCUCUAUGUUAAAUUAAGAAGACUUCCAAAGCCAUAAGCCUGAAGGUUGGUCCUGUGUGUGUGUGUGUGUGUAUGUGUGUGCGCGUGCAUGUGCACACAAACACACAACUUAAAGGUGAUGCAGAAAAUAGGCUGUGCCCUCUUAACUGCCCAAGGAAAAGCAAUCAUGCCCAAGAAAUGACAGUAGCUGUUAAGAAAAAUGGUACAGAUUUUUUUCCUCCUAAAUAAAUAAUCUGACCCAAGUUGGGAGGGGGGGUGCUACGGAAACUGCCAUUAGUAUUAUGGUGUCUUUAUGAGAUUAAAGGCACAUUGAUGGACUCAACAAAGCAAAAACAUGACAAACAAUACAACUCCUGUACUGUCCUCAAAAAGGGUUUGCAAUUAAUAUCAGUACUCAUUUUUGCAACAAAGAAAAACAGAACAGAUCAGUGACUUUCACAUUCAGCCAGUGUAGCCAGCAGAAAUUUCUGAUCCACAAAUGCAUGGAUUCCUUUGAAGAAAAAGAAAAAAAAAAAAAAGAAAAAGGAAAAAAAAAUCACAAAAACAAACUUUUUUUUAUUCAAAAAUAACAAAGUUCUUGUAAGGUAAAUAAUGUAUUUAGCAUGAAGCAUGAAUUAUUUUCAUAUAAAUAUAGAGAAUAGAGAGAAGACUAUGCCUCUAACUUUUAAGCCCUAAAGCUUAGAGGCCCUUUGUUCUUUUUCUUUCUUUCUUUUUCCUUUUCCUUUUUUUUCCUUUUUUUUUUUUUUUUGUUAUUAUUAUUUUGUUUUUUUGUUUUUUUUGAAGCAGGUGUUUAAGGUUUAACCUUCUUCAGGGACAAAUUCUGACUGUUGGGGAACUUACUCUGCAAUAUAAAUUAUCUUCAUGCUCUGGUAGGGGCUUGGAUGGUUGAGCUCUGUACUGCCUUGUCUGCACUCAGCCCCGACCCCCUCUGAUUCUCUACUGAAGAGUGUGUCCUUCCCUAUGUCUGUAUGUGUUUAACACGACGCAAUAAUUCGAGGGCAAACUUAGUGUGUACGAUAGACUCGAGAGAGUUAUGGGACGCUUACUUGAGGAAAAUCCUUACCGUGAUCUGGUUCUAGGAAAAAGGCAGUGAAUAAUUAUGCAAAUUCGCCAGAAGAAGGGGAAACACGCUAAUGGGCCUUACUGGGUGAGGGUAAGAAAUGGGUACAUGGGUUGGAGGAAGUACGCCAUCAAGGGGUUGGAUGGAGCAGCCCCGAGCGAGCGAGCGAGCGUUCUACUGUGACAGUGUGAUUGCGCAGUGAGGAGGGGGCUGGCCAUCUCUGCCACUUCGGCACAGUAACCACCUUGGGACUAAGACCACCUAGAUAGUGAGAGCUGAACAACAACCAGACCAUGUCACACAAGCCAGAAACUCCAGUUACCUUUGCCAAAAAAAAAAAAAAAAAAAAAAGGAAAAAAGAAAGUUUUUUCCUUGAGGUCUAAACGAGAAAUCCCUAAAACAAUAUGGCCUCCCGUCCAAAUGGAGGGAACAUUUAAAAACAAAAUCACUACCGUGGCUCAGGGUCAGAUAUUUGGAAGAGAGAGGAAAGUAAAGUGACCUUGAACUCUUGAAACAGGGCAGUGGUGGGCCUUUAAAGCUGUGUCCACCUGUCAGUACCAGGUACCAUGGCAACGGCGGCAGCCACUUCCCCCUACCUAACCUGAGGGCAGCUUUUGGGUGGGAGGGGGGCACCCACUCUAGGGCAGGCUAGAUUUACCCGCAGCCUGGGCUCUCUCAGCGUGAGGGUUCGGGGUUAGAUGAGAGCACGGGUGUGUUCUCCACAAACCUCUGGCACCCAACAAGCCAUCCACAGCUCUGGAACCCUGAGCCACGCUUUGGUUUCUGCUGUCAACUUACCAAGUCCAAAAGAUUCCCCACCCCCACCCCCACCCCACCCCCAAGAUGUUCAAACUCAGACCUGAAGGUAAAGGUAAGCACUCAGCACUGUUUGUGGCAGGGGGCUUCUUCCGAUGCAAACCCCACACGGCUGUCUCCCCUCGGUUCAUUUUUUCUGAAGGGGCAGAGGCCCCUUUCAGAGGUGACAAGAUGCAGUGUGUGUGUGUGAUUUACUUUUCUGAUCUCGUGGAGAUCUGGAGAACUAUCUUAUACAAGUGUGUUCUGAACCGCAGAACCACUCCGUUUGCAUAAAUACCUCACCGGGCAGCUUUCUAAGUGUUAUUUUCCUGAGCCUCCCUUGGCACCUUCGUUGGAAUUUUCUGGAAGACUUGUUGGGGAAACUUUAGUAAGGGUACUGUUUUCUAUUUUCCUUCUGUUUUGGGCGGCAUACGCAUUAUGCAUAACCAAAACAAUGGCUCAAUUGUGUUUAACUCUGUAUUUUGACUGUUGAGGCGAAAAACAAAGUCAUCAAUGUGUAUGUGGCUGUUUGUAGCGAAGUCUGCCGAAUGAGGCUGUCCGUGUCCUUAACAAGCCAAGGGGCAGGAGGCACCCUCUCUUUCCCCUCCCCCAAGAGCAGUAGAGAAUUUAAGCACAAGCCUAUUUGUGAAAGAAUAUUUUGCUUAAGUGUAAUUCACUUUAGUGUUGGACUUCCUUCCCAAAUGUCAGGUGUUCUUUUAGCUUUCAAACUAGCCUGUGUAUCCAUUAGUCUGACAGAUCGCCUGAGCAUCAUUAAAGGGAUGUGGUGGGGUUUUGUUUUUGGUUUUGUUUUUUUGGUUUUUUCCUUGCAUUUCUCCUGUGGGGAGAAGUGGCGGGUUAAUGUGUCAUUCCAGUAUCUCACGGACUCACAUGGGGUGGGGGGAGGGGCAAGUGGGGAACUAUAGCAAUAUCUGCAGAUGCUUUGGGGACACAUAGCACCGCGACAUAACAACUGCCGGCUGUCAGCCCUCAGACACAGUUAAGAGAAGAGAGAGACUCACUCUCUUUUCUUAGGUGAUGCUCACAUCCACGUGUUUUACCCCGCUCCUGACAGUCUUUCCUCAUUCUCUAGUACUUUUUUGGAGAAAGGGUCUGCACCGUACUUAGGUUUUCUUUCUAAUAUACAUCACCAAGCUCCUACUUCCCUCUGCAUCUCCAGUCAGUAUGUUUUUUUUUUUUUUUCAGGAGUUCUUUUAGUAAAGCUGGCUCUCUGAAUCUAAAGCUGAACCAAAACCACACACAGAUUGUGGCAUAAGGAACUCGUGGUCAGGAUGACUGGGGCAGGUCUCCAUCUUGGGGCCACGUCUUUCAAGGAGGGAUGGGUUGGCGCCCUUUCCCAAGAGCGGGUUUUUCCUGUAGUCGCUAGCCUGUCUAUUGCCUCCUGUUCAGAGCAGUUCCGACCACGGAGCUUUCUUGAAGGACGAUUGCAUUCUGUGGCGCCCGAGCCACAGAUGGGGUGGUUUUGGUGCUUACAGUCCCAACACAGCAGGCCCAUGUGCAAUGUCCCAAGCCACCAAUUUGGGCUUUAUCGAUGCUACUCCAACCUCUGUACUGUCCCUUGGAGGGUGGAGGAGCCUAUGACAUGAUGCCAGAGCCAGAGUUAGGGACGAGUGACCGGAAUGGGGAGUUUUCCCAUAUGUGGGAUUAGACUAAAUUCAGUGUGAUUUCUCUUUGCCCUUUCAAACCUUAUUCAGGUUGGGACUCAUUUCUUUCUGGUGGAUCACAGCUACCCAGAUGUGUAGAUUGAUCUCUAUGUUCUAUAGAGAAAUCCUUUUCUUUCAUCUUCAGCAGGGUUUUUAUUUCAUUUUUAUUUUGCCACCAAAAGAAAACAUUGGAGCAUACGUCCCCUCUUGAUUGUGACUUUCCAGUGUUGACCGUUCAGUUCUUUGUGUUGUAGGUCCCAGCCCACCAGUACUAUAUCAAACACUGUUAGGCUCAUGAUGCAGCACUGUGAUCUAAUUUAAAUAAUACUUUUUUAUUAUUUAUACUACUAUAUAUAAUAUACAUCAACACUUUUGCUAUAUAACCUAAGUGAUAAACCCCUUUUUUUGGUUACCUGUCAGACUCUAGACUUUGGUUUCUAUUGCAGUUAACACAGUUACAGAAUUGUAAUGGUGUCUUGGUUGUUUUGUUUUGUUUUGUUUCUUUUUUCUUUUUUCCUUUGUAACGGAAUGUGUAAAUCAAAGUAUAUACAUUGUGUGGUGUUCCUGUUUCUUGGGAUGUCAUGAGGAGUUACACACAGCAUUCAGUGUUCUGUAUAGACCUGCCCACCUUUGUGAAUUCAUCUGUUAACUCCUCCUUUGAGAGCACGCCAGCCACGGUGGCUAACUCCCAGCGUCCUCUCUCCUGCUGGCUAUUCUUGAAUUAAGCACAGACUCGUCCACUCGGUUGCUUUAUCAUGAAUAAUGGGUGUGACUUGGUCACUCUUCCGCCCUUCAGCAAACAAGUGCUAGCUUCACUGACCAAAAAUUAAGGAAGGAAAACACCAUUUUUAAAACGAUCCACCUUUUCAUGGCCGAGACGGAUGUUAGUCUACGGUGCUGCCUCGCGCUGCCGAGCCUCCGGAACGAGCCCGCUGUGGAAUGACCAUUUCUGACUUGCUGUGGGAUGCUCAAAAGUACCCUUCCUGUCUCGUUAGUAUUGGAAUCAAGACUCUUUAUUUGGACUCUAUACAGCAGUGUUCCUCCACUGUGUUGCAUUUGCAAAAGUAGAGAACAUGCCUUCUCCACCCUUUUGCAAAUAAUUGAUACUCCAUAUUGGAUUCUCAAAAGACUUCGAUAUGGUGAUCCUGUCAAACCUAGAAAUUGUAUUAUCUUUUCAUACCUGACUUCCCCGUUUCUAAAAGUAAACAGCACACUUUUAGUUACAGACACAGUCGCCAUUUCUAGAGUAUGUGUGUUGAAGCCAUCCAAGGUCAUAGCUGGCUCAGCCAGCCUCACUCCAUCGUUCUCACUGCCUGUCCUGCCAUGGUGAACAUGGGGAGAGAAAAAGAAUCUGUGUGUGUCUGGGAAACAGCUACAUCAACUUUUUAUUUUUACUACUCUGAUUCUGUAACACUUCUGAGUUUUGUUGUAAUUUUACAGAAAACAAGACCACAAUGAUAAAGCAGAAAACCACACGGUUUGUGGCUGAAUCUUAGAGUCACCUGACCUUUCCUGGCCAACAGGUCUACAUGGCCAAAUUAAUUUACAAGAGUAAUAAUUUCUUCAGAAGCCAAUUUUUUUUUCUGUAUUUCUGUAUAAAACUGCCAAUAUCAUGAAGAGAAGGGGAGAACCGGAAAGGAGAAAGAAAACGAUGUUUGGUGGUGUUUGUGUUAGCCUAAAGCAGCGGUGUGGAGAUGGCUCCAUCAGCCGAGCUCCAGGGACUUGGUGUUGCUUGGGAGGGAUCCAUACAGCAUUUUGCGUUCUUCAUGUGUAAUCAUAUUGCCAAAGACAAACUACUUCAUCAUUUAUUGUAAAUAACACUUCCCCAGACCUACCAUAAAGUUCUGUGAUGUAUUGUCUUCCAGUUGCAAUAAAAAUUACUGAGUUGCAUCAAUUGAAAA